AUGGCAGAUGUUUUGAGCAAGGCAAAUCUGUUUUCUUCUUCAAAUGUUUGUAGUUAUCAAAACCAACAACAAAAUAGUGUUUCUGUGUUUGCAAAAAGUUGCAAGCUUAAAGGGGUUGCUUUGAAGGUCAAACCACAGGCUUUGAGAUCACAAAUUACGAGAUCUUCUUCUUGCAGUGAUUUUUUGGGCAAGAGGGUUGUUGUGCAAGGAAACCAAAGCAAACCUAGAAGAGGGAAUCUUCCUCGAGCUUCAUCUGUGGUGGCUCAGACUGGCCUUAAACUUAAAUAUGCUCAAAAAUGGUGGGAGAAAAGUUUGCAACCCAACAUGAGAGAGGUGACUUCUGCGCAAGAUCUUGUGGAUUCCCUAAUGAAUGCUGGGGACAAACUUGUUGUUGUUGAUUUCUUCUCCCCUGGAUGUGGUGGCUGCAAAGCUCUCCAUCCCAAGCUAUGUCAAUUGGCAGAGAUGAACCCAGAUGUACAGUUUCUUCAAGUGAAUUAUGAGGAGCACAAAUCCAUGUGUUAUAGCCUCAAUGUCCAUGUGUUGCCUUUCUUCCGCUUUUAUCGAGGGGCUCAUGGCCGGUUAUGCAGCUUCAGCUGUACUAAUGCCACGAUCAAGAAAUUUAAAGAUGCAUUAGCGAAGCACACGCCAGAUCGAUGUAGCCUUGGACCAACAAAAGGGCUGGAGGAAAAAGAGCUUGUUGCAUUGGCUGCUAACAGAGACCUCUCCUUCACCUAUGCACCGAAACCAGUUCAACCUGCAGCAGUCCCUGCAGAGGAAGAGGUGGUACCAGCAACAGCCACAUCUCACUCUGAGCAAGGCCUACCUCUUCCACUUCCUAUAACAAACUUGAAGGCUGCUCAAGACUCAGAGGAGAAAACCCUAGUCAGUUCUGGGAGAUGA